CAGAAGCCAAAUUGAAAGAAUGUUGGACCAGAUAUUCGUAAAAUGAUGUUUGACUCCAACUUUGAAACCAAGAUGACGUUUUUGCUUUGAAGCCAAAAAAAAAUGUAUUUCUACAAAUUCAAAUUAUUAUCUUUUCAUGUUUAGCCAAAUUCAAAUGCUUUCGGGUUUUUUUAAUUAUAAAAAAGAAGAAGAUCACAGAUUUUGUGAAAUAUUGACAUUUGACAUAAUUUGUUGAAUGUCACAUGUUGAAUGUUGUUUUGUUAUUUUUACCGGUGAUUGGUCUUCUUGGUAAUUUAGUUUGAUUGAGGUUUGAGUCGAGAUUAAAUUGUUUACAUACAAAAUUAAGUUUUGUAGGAAGUGAAUACCAAUUUGAGGAUUACCUAAUGGGUGACCACGUGGACUUUGCAACAAGAUUUCAUAAUCUUGAUGGAGAUUUAAAAGGAGAAAGAUCAAAAAGUCUUUUUAAUUUGUUAAAAACAACAGUUUUUGAAAAUGAUUCGCAAUUAGACAGUGCCUUAAAAAGCCUGAAACCUAAAUCUUACCAAGAAAACUUGUUUUAUAUUGACACUUUGAUUUAUUUUAAAAGAUCCAAUGACCUUAUAGAAAUUCUAAAAGGAGGAAAUGAUGUCCACAUAAGUAAAAUUUUGAAGCAAACAUGGUUUUUCCAGAAUAUAUUUAAUGAUGUGGAAGCUGAAAUAUUUGUAUCAGAAUUCUUGCCACAUUUAUCAUAUGGUGUUAAAAAGAAGUUUCUAAAAAGAAUUUCAAAUCAUUGGAAUGAACAAAAGAUAGAUUCACUCUUUGAAGCUCUUCAAAAGAAGUAUGGUUUACCUAUGGCAUUGUUGAUCUUACACAAGUGUAGUCCUACUAAAAUCAACACUGUAAUUGAAGAAUAUGCUUUAAAGUUAACUUCAAACCAAGUACUUAAUAUAUACAACAAAAGUGAAGAGCUGUUUAUAUUCUAUAUGAAGAUAAGAAAGCAAUACAAUAGCACUAAAGGAAUAUAUAAUGACGAAAAAGUUUUAAAGCAUGUAGCCAUAAAGAACCCGCAACUUUUGUUGAAACUUCAAUGCAACGGAAAUAUUUAUUUACACGGUGUUGGCAAAAGAACUUCUAAAAACAUUCUUAAUGUAGUUAAUGAUGACUUAUUAAAAGAUACUAAAAAUUACCUACGAUUUUUAAAGAAGGGCAUAGUGAUUCGGAAGUUAGGUAAAAAUUUUGAAACUGUAUUUAAAAAUCAGUUUCCUAACCAACUCAGUCAUAUAAAUAUAUUCGAUAGCUGCAUGUUAUUGAAUUAUUAUCCUAAAAACAGAAGAUGGGAUUUAUUGAAUCAAACUUUCACUGAGAAAUUCAAUGGUCAAGAGUUAACAUACCUCUUGCUAAAUCUUCGUUCAAUGAUGAAGAUGAAGCUGAAUCCACCCAAAGACAUUAUUGUGUUAUGGGCUGAAGUUCACUAUAAAGAACAAAAGGAAGAUUGCAAUAAGUUUCUGAAAUAUUACCCACCUUCAAAAGCUAUACCGAUGCUUAAAGAAAAAGUUAAUGUCACUUCUGAUAUAAACGGGAGACUGUCUUUGGUGCGCCUAAUGAUAGAAGCAUGUGGCGAGAGUAAGGAUUUGGAUUCGUUGGGGGAAGUUCUGAAGUAUUUCUGUUUCAGGCAUAGAAACGAAGAUACGUCUUUUCGUAAACAAGUGUUGAGUUCAGUAAGAGAUAAUUUCAAGUUAGAAGAUUUGAAUGAAAACCACUGGAAAUAUAUCGACGAGCAAAUUCAUAUUUUAAGAGUUCAGAAGAAACUGUACCUUAAGGAAAAUGGAGAUUUUAUUGAAAAACAUUUGGAAUAUUUAGUUCAGAAUGGUAAAGAUUACAAAUCGUUGCUUACUGACUACUUUAAAGACAUGGUUAAAGAGGGCCGUAGAGAUAGUGCAAACACGCCUGGCCAUGGAGCUGCGCGAAGGCGGAGUCAAAAUUCACGUAAAGGCGCCGUGGUCAGGAGUGUAUACACUAUCUCUAGUAGAGAUUACGGUUAUAAAGAUUUAUCGCUAAGGAAGCGACUUUAUAUAGACAUGAUUGAAAUUUUAGAUGAUGUUGUUAAUGGUGUAAAGAGUGAUAGAGAUAGUAAACAAUGUAAACUUGAUUUUCUCCAAACUAUCUUAAAGUUUUGCCAGGAAAAUCCUGAAUACUGUAUUAAGAUCGCAGAUUUUCCUGUACUUGUGCAGCUAAUACAUGAAAGUUUUAGUACAAAUUGUAGAGAUGACAAUGAAAUAAUAGCAAAUGUUAUUUUAUACAAUGCAAAAUUCCCACAAUAUGCUGUAGAGUGCGAUACAGAUGUAUUUCAACUAAUGCGAGAAUAUAUCGAUGAAAACAAAUCUUUGGGUUCGUUUCGUAGAAUGUUUAGUAAAAUUCUUUUUACCAAAGACCGAGAUGAUUUUGCAAACAAAUUGUUGAAGUUUUAUUGUGAAAAUUACUUUGAGGGAUUUCCAGAUGUUAGUAUUGUCGGGUGGUUUUUACAAAAUGAACCUAAGGUUUUGUCGCCUUAUAUGUCAAUAGUAGCACUAAAUUAUAACAGGUACCUAUCCUUUCCUACGUAUAAACUACUUAAACAGUAUUCGCAUUUAGGAUAUGAUAAAGCAGUGAGCGAUUCUAUAAUAGCACGAUUUGACAGUGGUAAAGUCGACUCAAUAAAAUUAAGACUAAGUCAUUUAUCGAUCCUACUCUCUACCGAUGAUUUUGUAACUUUUAUUUCUGAAAGAUAUUUACCCAAAAAGGUCAAACUCGAUCUAAUGGAUGAUGAGAUGCGUGAAAUAUAUAAGGCGCAGUGUGAAGUAGCCAAACAACUUGCUAACGUUGAUGAACCUUACAAAAUGCUUCCCACUAUAAUGAUAUUUUGCAAAGGAGACUAUUUACAAUCAGCCUUACCAUCAUUGCAGAAAGCUUUUUAUAGAUCUCCAGAGAGAGUACUUUACUCAUACGUAAAAGCCAUGUCGAAACAAGCAGUAUCUGUGAGGAAACACGCCAUAUUCUUUAGCUGUGAAAUUCUGGAUAAACAACACACCCUGCAGGUAUUAACAAAUACAAAGGAAAGCAAUGUCUCGAGUUUAAAAUAUCUAUUCUCAGCAACUUUAAAGUAUUUUCUAAAGAAUCCAUCUGAAGAACUAUUAGACAAAGUUAUCGAGAGUAUGAAUAACAUUGACAUUAACGAUAAACAAACUUUGGAUAGUUUGAAGAGCGUUACUGUACCUGUAAAAUAUAGAGCACAAUAUAUCGAGAAAUGUUGGAAAUACUUUGAAAGUUUGAAAUCUAAAGGGGUUAAAGUAACUGAAUAUUUGAAUUCAUUUCUAAGUCCAUUCUACAUGACUGCAGAUAUAUUAUCAAUACUGUCUGGGACAUUCAUAACCAAUAUUAUCAAAAGUUACUUUCCUGCUGGAGAAGAACGUCUUGAUGAUAUCGAUGAGUUUGUGGUACGUGUGUUACAAACUCGUGUAGGGGAAAGAAACGGGAACUUUCAAAUUGUGUUUCAUAUGUUGUCUAAAUUUUCCAAUACCACGAGAACAUUAUUUUUUAAAACUUUCAUUGAUUAUAUUCACGCUAGACCCGACCAACAAUUAUUAUUGGUAACCAUGUUCGCCGAAAGUUGGCAUAAAAACUUCAGUUUGAUCGAUAGUUUCGAUGAGCAUAUAAUUCUGAAAUUGAUCUCAUUUAAAUCGGAAAAUUCGUCUGUCGACGAUUUAGCCGCCAAAACAGUAAAUUACUUAGAACAACUAAUCACAGAAUUCGGACCUCACUCCUUUGACCACUUCAACGAACAGUUUAAAACUGCCUUCAGUUACAUAUAUCUGGUGGAAGAAUAUACAUUCUAUUUGGCUAUUUUGAAAUAUAAGGCAACUCCAACUACUUGUGCUUUGGUACUAAACAAUGUGAUCAAUUUGAGUGAUGAUGACGAUGAAAAACUUAGAAAUACGUUCAAUGACAUUAUUAACAUUAUUAAAAAUGUUGAUACUCCAAUUGUUCGAAUUAAUUUAAAAUCGUUUCUUGUAGACCAUCAAGUGAAUCAGAUUGUAACCAAAAAGCGUAAGGGUGCAAAACGGUUACGUCGUCGUUAAGUGUUUUAAUAUUAAAACACAUUUUAUUGCAUUCUUUUGUUAUUAUUUAAACUGAUUUGCAGUAUUAACCUUCUCAUUUUUUGUGUGCCUUUGAGGGGUUUCCUGAUAUUAGUAUUGUCAGUUGGUUUUUACAAAAUGAACCUAUGGUAGCACUAAAUCACAACAGGCACCUAGCCUUUUCUGUGUAUUAACUUCUUCUUUAAGUACCGUGCCCAAAUUUUUAGGCGUGGGUAGCUUCCAUAACAAUUUGCCGAUAUAGUUCUCGAUCUUGUGCGGCAUGUAACAAUUGAUCUGCUGAUAAGACAGUCCAUUGACGAAGGUUUCGGAGCCAUGAAUAUUUCUUUCGACCAAUUCCUCUUUUUCCGUCGAUCUUUCCAUUGAGUAUUAACUGCAGCAUCCUGUAUUUGCUACCUCUCAUCGUAUGUCCCAGAUAUUCAAGUUUUCUCUUUUUUAUCAUCUUCAUUAAGUCACCUUCGCCUUGACCUACUCUGUUUAAGACUUCUCUGUUUGAAAUGCGUUGAACCCAAGAUAUUCUGAGCAUUCUACGAUACGACCACAUCUCAAAGGCUUCUAAUUGGUUCAUCAUGUUAACCUUCAUGAUCCAGGUUUCACAUCCAUAUAGUAAUACAGGAUACACAUAACAUUUUAGGAACUUGAUUCUUAGUUGUAAGUUCAGCUGAGAGUUGCUCAGAAUAGAUCUAAGUUUAUAAAUGCUCCUCUUGCAAUUUCUAUACGAGUUUUAAUUUCUUCAUCCGGAUUUAGUGUCUCGUUUAUCCAACAUCCUAGGUAUUUAAAAUGGUUAACUUUUGUUAUUGAUUCAUCAUUGACAAUUAGUUGCAUAGGGCCGGCGUCUUGUUUACUAACCAUAAGUAACUUUGUCUUUGUUGCAUUUAUGUUAAGUCCGUUAUUGGAGCAUUCUCU